ACGCAUCCCCCUGCUACUUUGGGGGGUAUAAAAAACCCUGGUGCACCUUCCUCGGAGUCACAGACAAGAGCGGCAUCGUUGAAGCCGACAUGACUCCUUUCAUCGCGUGUAUGAUGGUCGGUCUGGCUGGGCUCGCCCUGGCUGAGCCACCCGUAUCCUCUGGAUACAAUUACAACAGACCCAUUGGAGGUGGUGGAGGCGGCGGCGGCGGUGGAUACUCCCAUGGAGGUGGAGGCGGUGGUGGCUACUCCUUGGGAGGUGGCGGAGGAGGUGGUGGAGGUUACACUCAAGUAUCAUCUGGUGGUCAAACCAGUGAGGGAGCUUCCGUAGAUGGAGCCCUCCUCGAGCAAAUUCGUCAGAUUCUCCUUAAGGAAGAGAGCCAAUCAGGUGGUGGUGGAUUUGGAGGCGGUGGAUUUGGAGGUGGUGGUGGUGGUGGAUAUCCAGCUCCAAGCAGCAGUUAUGGAGCUCCAAGUUCCAGUUAUGGUGCUCCAAGCUCCAGCUAUGGUGUCCCAUCAAUUAGCAGUCGUGUCGUUGGAAUUGAUCUCGAGGGAAUCAGACAAGCCAUUCAGGUUGCUCAAUUCAAUCAAAUUAGCCAAGGAGGAGGUGGUGGUGGUGGCUAUCCCAGUGGACCAAGUGGCGGUUAUCCCAGUGGUCCAAGUGGUGGUUAUCCAUCGUCCCGACCCAGUGGCAGCUACGGUGCUCCAUUCUAAUAACUAGGACACCUAAGAUUUAAAAAAAACAACAACCAUCGCGUCGAUUCAAUUUUUUUUUCUAUCCAGAAUCCUAUUUUUCAAUUAUAUGAUCCUGGAUAGAAUAAAAUCCCCGCUAAAAAAAAAAGAACAAAAAUCUCCACGACAUCUUGAUAUUGAGGCUAUUUUUUCAUCUCGAGAUGGAGGACACAAAUUAAAAUUUUGGAAUAUUAAGUCAGUGGCUUUUGAUAGCUGACUGGUUGAAGAAAAAACAGUCGUAGCUUCAACGGGUCAGGACCUUAGCCAGCGACCAGAGAGAAAUCAUAAUAAUUAUCCUAAUUGGAGAAAUGUCGACGCGAUACCAAGAUCCAAGAACUAAAAUUUCUUGUCCCAUCACGUGGAGAAAGGGGAUAAAUGAACAAAAAAAGAAACAAACAUGCAGGGAGAUGAAAGCCUGCAGGAUCUCAAGGAGAUCGACAGAUCGAUCAACAAUAAUAAUUCAUCAUCGUUAAAACUUAAGCGGAGAAGGAAGAGGCGUAAGAGAAGUAGAGGCCGUGAUUAACGCGAAAGCGUCUUGUAAAUACUUAUACACUUACACAAUUAAAACACAUCGAAUGAUAAGCUCGCAAUUUGUAUCAUAUACAUAUAUAAUUUCUCAAAAAGAAAGAUUAUAAAAUUUCAUGCAAAUUUUUUUUUCUUUCUGAAAAAUUUGAUGAUUUGGAAUCUUUGUUUUUUUUCAAAAUUUUUAGAUCUUUGAAAUGUAUAUAGAAUAUAGCAAAAAAAAAAAAAUUUUUAAAGACUUCUUUUUCUUGUUCUUCUUUUUUUGUUAUUGUAUUAUUUGUACUUUGUUUUAAUUGAAAUAACUUUAAGGAUCACUUGAUGCAAAAAACGAGCUAUAAAAGACCAAACACAUGUAUACAAGUUACAAAAAAAAAAAGAUUUAAGAACUCUUCUAUUUUUUUACUCUGUAAUACUAUAUAUAUAUAUAUAUUAUUUUUCAUAACCACGCAUUUUUGUACUGUAUAAAGGCUUUUUUGUAGAAAAAAAAUAAAAAAUACGUCGCCACCGUUAAA